AGUUGCUGGUAACUACUUCCGGUUCACGUCUGUGCGCAUGACAGAGGUUGCGUCUUAUAGUUAUUAAAGACUAAAAUUGUACUGAAUGUAGAUUUACUGAUAUAUUUUCGAGAUCGGUAUAUUUUUAUUUGGUGAUUUAUAGGAUAAUAAAUCGUGAGAAUUUAGAAGGCAAACUAAGCACAUUAUCAGGCUGUGGAGAACUCACUGGUGUCUCCUAAUAGUUUGUAUAUAUUGUAGUUACAUAGCGCAAUGAGCCUGCGGCGUAUUUUUCUUACUGCUCGGUGUUUUGUUGGGGCUUCGCGGUCACUACAAGCAACAUCUAACAUGCUAUGUUUAAUGAGAAACAUGUCAUCACAACAAGCUGACUACCUUGAAAGGACCUCGAGUGUUAACAGACAGAAGGCAAUAUUUUCAGCACGAGUCUGUGCCAUUUCAGAUGAGUCAGACACUGUGAAGAGGCUACAGCUGGAGGUGCCACAUCCUGAUUUUAGUUUUCAUGCUGGCCAGUGGGUGGACUUUUUCAUCCCAGGUAUGGAAACAGUUGGAGGCUUUUCAGUGUGCUCCAGCCCUGGGCUUCUGAACAGAGAACAUAUUAUAGAGCUGGCAGUAAACACCCACCACCCACCUGCACACUGGAUACACACCAAGUGUACAUUAGGUUCGCUUGUAGAAGUGCGAGUUGGAGGGGAGCUUUAUUUCGACCCCAUGCCGUCUGAUCAUACAGUGGACCUGCUUUUGGUGGCUGGUGGCGUCGGUAUCAACCCUUUACACUCCAUCCUUAUGCACAGUGUAGAUCUACUCCGACUGAAAAACCCAAACACACCAAGACAGACACACAUUUGUUACAGUGCCAAAAACUCAAAGGAGCUGCUGUUCAAAAACAGCAUCAUUGGUGUUUGUCAGGAAUUUCCAGAUAAAUUUACAUGUGACUUCCGAGUGACGCAACAAGAGUUUGAAAUCGAGCCAGACCUCCAGUGUUACACAAGCAGUGGAAAAAUAUCCCAGGAGGUGCUGAGGCCGCAUGUUAAACCUGGCCGCACGUUGUGUUAUUUGUGUGGGCCACCACCCAUGAUUGAAUGUGUUAGUAGAGACCUACAAUGUCUUGGCCUGUCAAUGGACAAAAUUCUUUAUGAGAAAUGGUGGUAGAUUUCCAGCAUGUGCAUUUGGGGUUUGAAAGUACAGGAGAACAGAUAUUUUAUGUAUAAUGCACAAUUUCCUAACUAUUCAACUGCAUAACUUUACUAGUCAAUGCGGUUUUCUCAUCUACAAACAACAUCUUAAUUAAUACAUCACAAACAACAUUUGCAUAACAUGCAUUUUUGGUCAUAUCAGGUAAUAUGGGAAAUAAUACAGAUUUUAAUUUGUUAUUAAAACAGUUUUUUCACUGGAUGUAAACAUGGGUAUCUCCUGUUGAAAAGAGUUUAAAAUAAUUAAAAUGUGCUCAAAUAAUAUUUGCUAUUA